AUGGAGUCCCCGGAGCAAGUCGCCUCCCAGCCUCGGCGGUCCGACGCUAUCGUCAAGCGCGUUUCCCGGGCCUGUCUGCACUGCAGGCAGCGUAAGUCACGCUGUGACCUCGACAGCAAUGGGAACCCUGGCAAGCCGCCGUGCCAGCGGUGCGUUCGCGAGCAUCGCGAGUGUGUCCUUGGUGGCUCGAAUCGCGGUGGGCGCCGCAUUCGCAAGAACAAGAUUAAACACUUUACUCCGGCCACAAAUCCGUCGCCGACCAAGGACUCUGAAGAGAUUACCAGUCCUGCGAACUCGGAAGCGUGCCGCCGCGCACCAUCUGCGUCCUACCCCGGACCAGUCGUCUUUCUCCCGCCUAAUCCGCAGGGCGAUGCGGCUUCUUCGGUGGCCGUCGAGGAUAAUGACGCUUCAAUUGACUCGGUGCCUCGAAACCCAUCUGAUGCCUGGCAAUGUCUGACCGGCAUCGCCACCCACGGUGCGGACGCCGCACCGAAUGAACGUACCAGCAACCAUGUACGGUCAGAUUCGAUGUCGACCUAUAACGGGUUGCACGAUGGCGUUAUUGCUGACUUCAACGCACCGAGUACCGGCAUCAGAGCCUAUCGCCUCGUUCAGUCCCGAUCCCUGGACCCGGGAACAGUGUGGCAGCUGGUCACCCGCUAUGCCGACAACUUCCACCCAUAUCUCCCUCUCGUGCCGCGAAAAUACUUCGAGCGUUCGGCUCUAGAUGACUUUGCCAACAACGAGAAGCACCUUCUCACUGCAGUUCUUACCAUCGCGUCAAAGGACCUUGUCGACCGGCCCGAGAUCCAUGAGUAUUGCUCGAAAUACAUGCAUGAGCUGAUCUCAGGAAUCGCGGCCGGCGCAGAAUGUGACGUGGAAGCCGUCGAAGCUCUCCUCCUGCUUGCAGAAUGGGAGCCGCAGGGUCUUCGCCCCCGUAUCGAGCGUGUUGGCCGUGGGGAGGAAGAUCGCGCGGCGUGGAUGCACGUCGGUCUUGCGCUGCGCUCGGGAUACUUUAUCGGGCUGGAUCGCACGUCCUUUCGAGGAGACCCGUAUGGCGACCAAGACAGUGAGACUCGUCGGCGAUUAGCUUGGGCCAGCUGCUAUGUCUCUGACCGACUGAUCUCGGUGCGCAUUGGACGCGCGUUCUGGUCGCGCGGGCCGGGCCCGAUGACUGGUCUAUCCAGUCAAGAUUUCCCGUCGCUGCAGCCGGUAAAGGAGGGUGACGAGGAUUACUCGAAAAUCUUUCAGGCAAUACUCGAUCUCACGCAGUUGUAUGGAAAUGUGCAUGAAGUUUUGUAUUCUGGCAUGCGCACUAGUAACCAAAUGAUGCUGAUGGGCGACUACGUUAAAUACGUUGACGAUUUCCGUCUUGCCAUCUUGCGAUGGAAAUCGUUGUGGGGGCCUUUGGACUGCUCGCCGCCUAUGCGGGUAAUGUUGCAAUUAUCAUACGAGUACUUGCGUCUUUAUACGACCGCAUUCGCGUUCCAGGCCGCCAUUUCUCAGUCCUUGGUGAAGCCGAAGACGGAUGAAAGUACGCGUCGGGAGCAACUUAGAUCAACAUUCAAGAAUGUGGCUUCGAUGCAGGAUUCACGCUUCAUCUAUGAAUCUGUCGACGCAGCCAAGGCCUACUUGACGAUUCUGGUGGACUCGGUGGACCCAGAGAGGCAUUUGCAUUUUAUGCCUCUUCGUUUCUAUUUAUACGGCAUCUACUCUGCCGUCUUUCUCUACAAGGCUCGCUCUUUCGGAAUGAUGGUUCCUUCCGAAGAAGCCAAAGUCCAGGGCCUCGUGGCUCGUGCCACUGAAGUUCUCAAGCAAGCGAGUGCCGGCCCCGACGAUAUUGGAUCGCGCUACUCUCGCCUGCUGGAACUUCUCUGGCGAACGAAGCCAUCCAUGACGAGCGCAAAUACAUCCGCAGAGACCCCGCACAGUGACUUCGCAAUGCAAACAACAUUGCCCAAUCCGGUCACCGAUCACACCUACAUGGACUUCAGUCCCGCCAACGACUUUUCUUGGCUGGAUCUGGAAGCCGUGGGAGACUAUGUCUCCGGGGACCAAAUUUCGGGUGGCUUGCUGGGUCUUGAUGCGUUCCAAAAUGGGUCUGAUCCAUGCCAGCCCGGCCAGGACAGGUCGCAGGCCUGGCAACCAUCUGCCUGGCUGGGCGAUAUGAGCAGCAGCCUUCUGUUUUAG